AUGAGGCUGUGGCACAUCGUCAGUAGUGCCGUGGCAAUUGCGUGCCUAGCAACUCAUUCCACGGCUCAAGAGUGGCCUUUACAUGACAAUGGCUUGAACCAGGUCGUCCAAUGGGACCAUUACAGCGUGAUUGUCAACGGAGAGAGACUGUUCCUUUGGUCGGGCGAAUUGCACCUGUGGCGUAUCCCUGUGCCCGAAUUAUGGCGUGAUAUCCUCGAGAAAGUCAAGGCAGCUGGCUUUAAUGGGAUUGGGCUUUACGAACAUUGGGGCUGGCAUGCCCCGAACAAUGAGACCUUGGAUUUUGAAACAGGAGCACAUAACUUUGCCCAAGCCUUUGAAAUUGCCAAGGAGAUUGGUCUUUACAUUAUAUACCGACCCGGUCCGUACAGCAACGCCGAAGCAAAUGGAGGAGGUUUCCCAGGCUGGCUAACUACUGGGGAGUAUGGCCCCCUGCGCGACGAUAGUGAGAAGUACGCCAGUGCUUGGACACGAUAUUCAGGAGCUGUUGCAGAGUACGUACGUCCAUAUCUCAUCACCAACGAAGGACCCAUUAUCAUGUGGCAGAUCGAAAAUGAAUAUGGCGUCCAGUGGCUCGAUCCUGACCUAAAGACGCCCAAUCAAACUGCCAUCAACUACAUGGAGCUACUUCAAGAGAAACACAGAGAAUGGGACAUCAAUGUCCCCUUCACUGCCAACAACCCCAGUAUGUGGACGCGAUCCUGGUCAAAGGAUUACGGCAGCGCGGGUGGUGAGGUCGACUUGUAUGGCCUCGACCAUUAUCCAGCGUGCUGGACAUGCAAUUUGGCGCAAUGCCUUUCAGUGUCGCGGACUCAGCCUUCGUUUCUCAUGGAGUUUCAGGGAGGCUCGUUCAACCCUUGGGAUGGUCCCGAGGGCGGGUGUAAAGAUAAUAUGGGCCCUGGUUGGGUGAACCUUUUCUUCCGUCACAACCUGGCACAGAAGGUGACAGCUGUCAAUAUUUACAUGCUCUAUGGUGGAACGAAUUGGGGUAAUAUCGGCUUCCCUGAGGUUGGCACCAGCUAUGACUACUCGGCGCCCAUUCACGAGACACGUUUGAUUGGCGACAAGUACAACGAAGCUAAGCUCUUUGGUCUUUUCAUGCGUGUCGCCCGCGAUUUCUCUAAGGUGGAACGAGUGGGGAACAGCACCAAGUAUGCUACGGACCAGGAUAUCUUCACAACUGAACUCCGCAAUCCAGACACUGGUGCUGCCUUUUAUGUCACCAAGUUUCGGCUGCAUGUUACCACCGAUAUUGGCAACCUCACAGUCCCAACUAAAGGAUCCAUUACUAUCAAUGGAACGGAGUCUAAAGUCCUGGUCACAGACUUCCCCAUCGGUUCCUCCGGGAAGAAGAUCACUUAUACGACCUUAGAGAUCCUCACAGUAGCUGACCUGGGAGACCGCCAAGUGGUUAUAUUCUGGGCCCCGGAUGGCGAGGAAGGCGAGUUUUUGCUUAAAGACGCAAAGUCGGGCAAAGUUAUGAGCGGAAAUGCCGAUAACAAGACGCUAAGCAUGACUCGACAUGGCGUUGUGACGAAUGUUGCCGCGGGUAAUGAAAAGACGGUUAUAGAAUAUGACCAUGACGUUCAAGCGAUCGUGGUAGAUCGACAGUCUGCUUACAACUUCUGGGCUCCUACUUUAAACAAUAACCCACUUGCAUGGGAGAACUCUACCGUUCUUGUUCAUGGACCCUAUCUCGUGCGUACGGCUGAGAUCGAAGGCGAUACCAUCUAUAUCGCAGGAGAUUGGGACGAAGAAACUGACGUCGAGAUCUGGGCUCCGAAGAACGUGAAGAAUGUUUCAUUUAAUGGCUCGAAGCUGAAGAUCACGAAGUCUAAGUAUGGAACCCUAGUUGGGACGUUGCCCGCUCCCGAAGUUACGGCGGAUAGCCUUAUCACAGAGCUGCCGCUCCUUACCAACUGGAAGGUAGCAGACAAUCUUCCCGAGAGAUUGGUGGAUUAUGACGACUCCAAAUGGACCAAUGCAAACCACAUGACAACUCCCCAUUUUGUUCCUCCCGAUACCUACCCCGUUCUGUUUGCUGACGAGUAUGGCUAUCAAGCGGGUAAUAUUCUCUGGCGAGGCAGGUUUAACGCCUCAGAAGGGAGCAUGCCCUCUGGUGCUUAUCUUCGUGUUAUUGGCGGUCUUGCCAGCGGCUUUUCAGCAUAUGUCAAUGGUGAAUUCUUCGGGGCUUGGCUCGGUUCAAUGGCCAACAAAACGGGGGAGCUAGAGGUAUCUUUUAAGGACGUCAAGCUCAAUACAGGGGGUGAUAAUGUCCUAUUUGUUAUUCAGGAUACGAUGGGCAAGGAGCAGCGUGAGGCCGCGCCAGACCCACGAGGCAUUCUCAAUGCCACACUGAUUGCUGCAGAUGGCUCGGCUGCCAAUUUCACCUCGUGGAAAGUGGCCGGAAACGCUGGUGGAAACCAUCUGCUUGAGCCAGUACGUGGCACGUACAACGAAGGCGGCCUUCAUGCAGAGCGCCUUGGCUGGCAUCUCCCUGGCUUUGAUGACAAUGAUUGGGAGUCUGGUGCCCCUGUGGACGGAUUCACCGGUGCUGAUGCGCGCUUCUACCGUACUGCUGUCCCGUUGAAUAUUCCGAAAGGUUACGACGUCAGCUUGGCUUUCCAGCUAAGCACCGAGAGGAAGGCAAAGCUACGGGCUCAACUAUACGUCAACGGGUAUCAAUUUGCAAAAACCUUGCCCUUUAUUUCGAACGAGACAACUUUCCCUGUAUUUCCUGGAAUCCUUAACUAUAAUGGUAACAAUACCAUCGGACUCAGCGUGUGGACGAUGGAUGACGCUGGAGGAUGGGUUGAUGUAGCAUGGAAAGUGAUGGGUGUACAUCGGUCGGCCUUUGAUCCUCUCUUUGAUGGCGAAUACCUUCGACCUGGAUGGAAGGAUCGCUCACAAUAUGCCUGA